AUGACUCUAUGGAAGGCCCACAUGGACUCCGAUUCGGCCACGUUCUCAGGGGUAAUGCGUGAGGUGGGGGCGGGCAGGCAGCAGAAGCAGGAUCAGCUAGCUUCCUUGCUGGUGCAGGUGCUUGGGGUGAAGGAGGCUGGUGAGCUGAAGGAGGGUUUUGGGUUUUUCAUGCAGAAUUUUCUGUCAAGGGGGGUGAGGGAGCGUGGGGAGGGGGAGAAGAAAGCAGGGGGAGCAGUGGGGCCGGGGGCAGGGGCGGGGAGGGGCGUUGGGGAGGAAGCAGGAGGUGAGGGAUGGCAGCUGUUUGAAGAGAUGAUGGGGAUGAUGCUCACGAUGGGGGAAAGCGAUGCACCCACGAUGGCAGAUGUGAUGACGAGGAUGCGGCAUGUCAUGGGCGUGGAUGGGGAGGAGGAAAGGGGUGGCACGGUGCUGUGUAUGGUGGCCGAGAGCGAGGCUGGGGGGAGGGGAGGGGAGGGAGACGUGGUGAGAGUGCUGAGAGGAAGGCCGAGAAGGAUGCAUGGAGGAGGGGAAGGGAGGGGGUUCAGGCUCGGUGCUAUCCCCAAGCCUCUGCCUUGGAGUCAGUUUGACUCGGAGUGGGAGGAGUGGCCUCAGGGUGAGGAAGAUGCAGUGAAGUUUCCUGACGAUCAGAGCGUGCGUUGCUUUCGUCUGGGGAGUGUAGAGGAGGCAGCGGAGGGAGAUCAGGGGAACAGGGGAAGAGGCACAAGGGGUGGUGGGGAGAGCGGUGGGGGGAGCAGUUGGAGGCGUGGCAAGGGACGUGGCAGGAGGAGUGGCGGGAAGGGGGGAGGGGGAGCGCACCCCUCCAGAGCAGCAGCACCCUCUAAGAACGGAGCCAUGCCCAUUGUGCGGUGCGCAGCAGACGCUCAUUUCCUGGUGGAGUUUGCCGGGCAUCAGGUCUACCCCCCCGCAUGCGCCCGCUGCCGCUCGUGCCUCGACCAGUUCACCUACCACAUCCCCUUCCUCACCCUCCUCGCCAAUUUCGCCUACCGCCCCACCACCGUCCUCCUCAACCGCUUCCUCUCUGUCUUCCCCCCGCGCUCCCCAGAAUUCUCUAAGCUCGUAGACCUGCUAUUGUUAGAACCUUUUCUUCGGAGUACCCGUGCGGCAUUCCAGGUGCACGUGGUGAGGGAGAGAGCGGAGGAGAUUCCGGUCCACUUUCUGCUCAACGUGGCUCUCAACUGGCCGAAUGCGAUGCUGCAGGUCGAGGAGAUUGGCAUGGUCGGUGAAGCUUCCGAGGGUUCCAAGAGGCGUGUGUGCGGUGCUGCAGGGUGUGGCGCGGUGGAAGGCGGUGAUGUGAAGCUGAAGAGCUGCAGUUGGUGUGGCAAGGUGGCGUAUUGCAGUAGGGAGUGCCAAAAGGCGCACUGGUCCUCCCACAAGCUCACAUGCCUUGGCAGGGCUGGUGGGAAGAAGAGCGAGAAGAGCAAUGAUAAGGUGGAUACCUUUUGA